AUGCAGAUAUUUGUGAAGACGAUGGGCAAGACCAUCACCCUUGACGUUGAGACCAAUGAUACCAUGGAGAAGGUCAAAGCCAAAAUCCAAGACAAGGAAGGCAUCCCGCUUGACCAGCGGCGUCUGAUUUGUGUGGGCAAACAGCUGGAGGGCAACCACACUCUCUCAGACUACAAUAUCCAGAAAGAGUCCACCUUGAACCUGGUCCUUGGCCUGUGGGGUGGGGGAUUGGAGAAUAGCCUCAGAAUAGAUAUUUUAAAUUUGAAUUGCUAA